AUGCCUGCAUCUAAAAAACUUCGUGUGGAUACAACUGAGGCACAAGCUGCGAAGCGUGAGCGGAAGCGCAUCCACAACCUGCAAAAAGCCUACGAGAAGCAUGUAGCCAAACAUGGCGACCCCCCACUCCUGUACGACAUCAAAGAGAUGCUGGGUGAAGAAAAGGUUGCUGAGAUUCUUUCAAAAAAUGAGGAGUUCAACCGCGUGGCACCCUUUGGUGAAGAAAUCGUGGUUAAGAUUGAGAGGCUCAGCUCUCAUGGCGAUGGCCUUGCCCGCACACCUCAGGGCGAUCGUUUACUUGCGAUUCCUUUUGCCUUGCCUGGAGAGGUUGUCAGUGUUUAUCCAUACGCAAGUGAGCGCCUUCAUUUUAAGGCGCGCCUCGUCAAUAUCCUUGAGGCAAAUACAUCGCUGCGCCGCGACGACCUCGUCCAAUGCCAGUAUUUUGGACGCUGCGGCGGAUGCCAGUACCAGAUGAUUCCCUACGAGAAUCAAAUGGAAAUUAAGAAGGAUGUUGUUGCCAAUGCAUUCCGUCACUACUCGAAGCUAGACUCGAGGCUGGUGCCCGAUGUGCUGCCGACAAUGGGCUCGCCUCAAACGAUGCAGUAUCGAACGAAAUUAACACCUCACUUUGACAUUCCUAUGUCGCUGCGCAAGGGUUGUGCAGAUCCGGAAGCAUUAUCCAUCCCCAUUGGCUUUGAUGGCGCAACGACUGGGCGCGUCAUGGACAUCGAGGAGUGCCCCAUUGGCACGCCUGUGUUGAAUAAGGCCAUGAAAAAUGAGCGAGCUAAGGUGCGCGAAAACAUUCAGUCGUAUAAGAAUGGUGCUACAAUUUUGCUGCGUGACUCUUUGCCCAACUUAGAGGAGAUACAUGCACCAUCCAUCGCUGUGACGGACCACAAGGCCACCGUGUUCGAGCGUGUGGGCGACACAUUGUUCUCUACGCCGGCCGGCGCAUUUUUCCAGAACAACCGCUCCAUUAUCCCUCUGGUUAUCGAUUAUAUUCAGACUUACGUGGAAACGACAGAGACACCUCGCUACUUGGUGGACACCUAUUGCGGCUCUGGUCUUUUCGCACUUACAUUGGCUCCGCUCUUUAGUGAAGUGGCUGGUGUGGAAAUCAGUGCAAGCUCUAUUGAGUGUGCAGAGCACAAUGCAAAGCUGAACCAUGUGUCUAAUGCUAAAUUUUUGGCGGGCCAGGCCGAGAAUAUUUUUGCCACGCAAGCACGCGAUGUUGGUAUCCUUCUUCGUGCAUGCCCAAACUAUCAAAUCCAGAGUGUGCGCGGAUUUGACUUUUUCCCACAGACCCAUGCUUCCAUAGGCGGACAUGGCGACACCGAGAAUCCCAAGGAGGACGGCCAUCGCUUGCAGAUAGGUCCAGUUUUCGUUGGUACUGCCAAGAACCAGCUGAUAGACGGUACUCCAGACGCCAAGCACUCUGCCCGACUGCCGAACUGCGCCUACCACAACCGUUCGGUGCCUCUAACCGUGUAUGACCCGCAAUUUGAGUCGCGCGAUAUCGCGCUCGUAAAAGCACUUGGCGCACAUCUACCACCAAGCAAUGAGAGCUAUCCCCUUCCUCCUAUGCCGACGCAUGUGCCGGGCGCCUUGAAUGGCGCCGUCCAAGUCUUUUUUUCUUCUCUUGCCGACGUUCCAUUGACUUCUAGCAUCGAAGAUUGGUCCUAUCAACCUGCUCCUCGUAAGACACGUACGCGUGCGCGCCGUGCGCGGGGCACCGAACAGCAUACAUCGCAGCCGUUGAGCAUCGACAAUCCAGCGUUCUGGUGCCUGCCACCGACGGCACCGGUUGGUGAGGAAGUACUUACAACACCCGUGCCAGACGGGCCUAUGUAA